GCGGCAGCGUCUAUGAUAGAUAGUCGAUGCGUAUUUCAAUUCAGCAAAUAGUGCAAUAAACCUUAAUUUGAGUGUAUAAUUCAUUAGUGUGAAAAUGGCAAAGGUGGGUGGCGAUAAAAGCAAUAAGAAUACACUUUCUUACGAAAACCAGGAUAUAAUACGUAACAUUUUUGAAAAGUGUAAAUAUGAAAGUGUUCAUGGUUUGCAGAGACCUUUAGAAUUGUAUAGAGAGAGAGUGUUGUAUUACACCGAUACAACGGAAGACACAUUAAAUGCCGUAAUAGAAAAUAAAACCGCGACAUACAAACCUGAUCUAUUUGAACGAGCUAUUGUAAAUGAUACCUUAAAGACAAUGUAUUCGCAACAAGAAUCAUUCUCGUUUAAUGAUAUUUACGAGAAAUUGAAGGAUAAAAUUAAGGCACCAAACUUAAAUGAGUUUUGCCGUGCCAUGAAACAAUUGGGAUAUAGGCCGAUUUCUACUAACUAUGGUCACAUUAUAUUCGAGGAACCUAAAGUUACUUACGAAAGAUAUCGAUAUUUAAGGAAGAUAACUAAAUUAAGAGAAGGUUCCAGAGCCAUUUACUACAUCGACGAAAGAAUAAUAGAUUUAAAUAAAACUUUUAAGAAGCCUUUUCUUGAUAAUGAAAUGAAAGAAAAUGAGGCUUAUGUCUAUUUUCAUAUUGUGUCUAAAAACGGCAUUGAAAAAGGGUUAUUUUGUAACCAAGGUAACGCAGAAGACUUCAGUAAAUGGAUUAGUGAUAUAGUUUUGUCACACAUAAAAGCGUCAAGUGUUAUAGUAAUGGAUAAUAGUCCGCUACAUGGCCAACCAGUUAUUAAUCCAAUUUCUGGGAACCAUACUAAGACUGGCAUGAUAAACUGGUUACAGCGUAAUAACAUCCCAUGCUCAUCGAGUAUGCGUAAAGCUGAAUUAUAUGACCUCAUAUCAAGAUGUCCCGUUAAGGAUAGGCAGUAUCAGCUAGAUCUGAUUUUUCAAGCCCAUGGUCAUGAAGUUCUACGCCUUCCAAAAAACUAUCAUGACCUGUCAAUGACCGAACUAUUGUGGGAACAUAUCCUUUCAAAUACAUUAUUUGAAACAACAAAUGUUUUCGACUUAAAAAACAAAGUUCAUAAUGCUAUAGCAGGCAUUCGGCAAGAAAAGUGGCUUCAGUUCGAAUCCAUUAUUAAGGACACCGAGGAGAACAUAUUCUCUGUUGACGAAGCCAUCGAACAGGCACUAGAUGCAUAUGAAAUUGAUGCAAAAGAUGUUAUGUAACUAAUGCAAGAUAUUUUUUUAAUUCGUUUCCAUAAUUAAAUUUAGUACCUAUUGUUCUAUUAAAUAAUUGAAAAUUA